GCCGCCUGCCUUGCUUACAGAAACUGCGGAAGUCCCGCAAAAAAUUUCGUACUCCUGCAAACCCUAACAAUAAGGCAGAGAGCUAAUCACCCUGCGCGUAGUAGGAAGGCAGCAAAAUGAAAUAUCGAUUUUCGCGACAUGCCUCUAUGUUCCCUUACUACUCGCGAUUUUACCAUCUCCACAAUCAACGUCGGGUUUUCACUUCGUUUCUCAGAAAGAUUCAAACAAAUUUCCAAGCUCGUGCUUCCUUCAAUGGCGGCAGUGGUGACUCUCGAGGUCAAGGUAAUGCUUUUCUUUUGCCUGGUGCAACGGUAGCUACAAUACUUAUGCUAGGUGCUCUUCAUGCUCGCCGGUUAUAUGAUGACAAGAAGAUCGAAGAAGCACGGGAAGAGGGAGUGGAAUUUGAGUUCCAACCAGAUGUUAAAGCUUCAUUUCUGAGCAUCCUACCUCUGCGCUCUAUUUCAAGAGUUUGGGGUUACUUGACCAAUGUGGAAAUCCCUGUCUGGAUGCGUCCAUAUGUUUAUAUGGCUUGGGCUCGAGCUUUCCACUCAAACCUUGAGGAAGCAGCUUUGCCUCUAGAAAAGUAUGCUUCUUUGCGGGAUUUCUUCAUCCGUGCCUUGAAAGAGGGCUGUAGACCAAUUGACCAUGAUCCUCAUUGUCUGGUUAGUCCUGUGGAUGGCACUAUCCUAAGGUUUGGAGAGUUGAGAGGACCAGGAGCUAUGAUUGAGCAAGUUAAAGGGUUUUCCUAUUCUGUAUAUUCUCUUCUUGGUGCUAGCUCUUUGCUUCCCAUUAUAGCUAACGGGGAGACCCAUGAAGAGGGUGGUGAACAAGAAAAUAUUCUUGAAGCAAAAAGUAAGAAGUCAUGGUGGCGAGUCUCGUUGGCUUCUCCAAAAAUCAGGGAGACUAUAUCCACUUGUCCAAUGAACGGGCUUUAUUACUGUGUAAUUUAUUUGAAACCUGGCGACUAUCAUCGCGUACACUCACCAAGUGAUUGGAACAUCUUUGUUCGUCGGCAUUUUUCAGGUCGCUUAUUUCCCAUGAACGAGCGUGCUACUAGAACAAUCAGAAAUCUGUACAUUGAAAAUGAAAGGGUUGUGCUUGAAGGUCUAUGGCAACAAGGGUUUAUGGCAAUUGCUGCAAUUGGUGCAACAAAUAUUGGCUCCAUUGAGGUUAAGUGGCAAUAGAAAGAUAAAGAAAAGGCACAUGCAAGCACUGACAUACAUCCAGAGAUAUUUAGAAAAAUAACACGCACGUACACACACAAAAUCUUUUGAUGUUAGUAGGUGGCUACAGAAAGAGGAAA